AUGCGGCUCCCAACUUCCCUUAAGGGGAGAGACGACUGGGAGCGCUUUGCCUUUCAGGCAGAGUCUUACCUGGCGGUCGUGGACACCAGGUAUCCAGCAGAGCUGGAAAUAGCUCGAAAGUGCAAGGUGCCACUCCAAGUGGCAGCCAUGACCGAGGAAGUGCGGACCCUCAGCGUCCGCCUCUUCGGCAUGCUGGGCAGCUGGACCCAGGACUCCGCCACAGCUGUAAAGCUGGCGCGCGGAGUGAAGGGCCAAAAUGGGUUCGAGCUCUGGCGUCUCCUGUGGCAGGAGCACAACCCAGAGAACGAGUCCAAGAACCUCACCUGGAGGCGGACCCUGCUGAUGCCGAAGUUCCCGCCAAAGGAGAGUGACUUCUCCUUGGCUCUGCAGGAAUGGGAGGCAGAUGUGGACCGCUACGCCUCCGAGUAUGGCGCAGGGCGCGCCCUAGCAGACGAAGAUCUGCGGGCAGUGCUGGUGACCGAGAGCCCCACCGCUCUUCGGCAACACCUCGCUAUGCACGCGGCGAGUCUUUCGACUUAUGCCGAGGUGAGGGAAGUGGUGGUGAGCUACUUGCAAGCCAAAAGGGUCUGGACCCCGAGUGCGGGCUACGCCGCCUCUUCCCGAAGGGACCCUAACGCCAUGGACAUUGGCAGAAUAGGGGACCGAGACGGAAAAGAAGGGAAGGGCAAAGGCGACAAAGGCAAGAAAGGGGACAAAGACCACAGAAAGGGCAAGGGCGACCACGACAACAAAGGCAAAGGAAAAGGGGACAAAAAGGGGAACCAGCAAGGAGGCAGAGACGGCAAAGAGAGAUGCCCCAUCUGCUGGAAAACGGGGCACACCGUAAAAGAGUGCUGGUUCAACGCCAAAGGAAAAGGCAAAGGCACCAAGGGCCAGGUGGCCCAAGUGGCCGACGACGCGGCCACGACGGUGUCAACAGCUUCCUUGGCGACUGCGGGUCCCUCCGCGUCCCAAGUUGGGGGAAGCACCGGCGGCUCUGGCGGCAAAGGCCAGGUGCGCCAGGUGCGCGACGACCGCAUCUUAGGUGUGCGGUUUGCCCCGCCUCACGACACCGAGCCAGAGGAGGACAAAAUCCUCAAGGUGUCGGGGAGUCUUCUUGUGGACUCCGGGGCGUGUGUGUCCGUCUGCAGGCCCGAGGCGUUUCCCGACCUGCAGCCUGCGGGCCCACCAAAGAGCCUUUACUCGGUGGACAACAGCCGCCUGAAGACCAAGGGCCGUGUCCAGCCGAGCCUCCUCUUAGGGGAGGAGCGUCAGUCCUGCAAGGUCAACUUUGAGGUGACCGAGGACAUAGAGGACGAAAUCCUCAGCAUCAGCCGUGCUGUUGAGGCCGGUGCGGGCAUUUGGCUCCACCGAGAGGACAGCCACAUUUUGUGGCCCGACGGCGUCCGAGCCUCGAUCCUCAAGAGAGGGUCACAGUUCCUCCUACCCUACGAGCGGGAGCUCCCGCCGGGGUCAACAAACCGGGUGGCACCGGUGGCGGCAGAACCACCAAACCCAGGCAAGGACCUGGGACACUACGAGUACAUCCCGGAGCACGACCUCGAAGCUCGAGAGGUAGAGGACGCGGCGAUGGAAGCAGCAGCCGACGAAGAGGCCGCAGCUGCUGAAGAGGAGGAGGCUGCGGGAAACCCCGCCCCUCUAGAGGAGCAGGCCGAGCAGCCUGACUCCAGGCCACGCGGCCUAAGGGCACCGCGCAACCCCACGGCGCAGGAACGCGCCGAGCACGAGCUCACUCACACGCCCUACCAGGCGUGGUGCGAGAAGUGCGUGGAGGGAAAGGCGCGCGAGGACCCUCACCGCCGCCGUGAGCCCUCGGAUGAUCCGGUGACGCCGCUUGUCACCAUGGAUUAUCAGUUCUACAGCCGGGACGGGAAAGAAGUUGAGGAAGAAGCAUCGCUUGCCACGGUGCUGAACCUCACAGACAGGGCCACUGGCUGGACUCUGUCAGCUCCCGUGGCGCACAAAGGGCACAGACACGCGGCUUACGCCGCAGGGCUUGUGGAGCAGUUCGUGGACCGCCUGGGGUACGACAAGUUCACCCUGCAGGCCGACCAAGAGAACGCCAUAGCCUCUGUGGCCCGUGCGGUUCACCGCCGGCUGGGAGCUGCUAGGGUGCGUCUUCGGGACGCCCCUCGCGGGUCACACCAAAGCCAAGGAUCCGUGGAGGGAAGGAACGCACACCUAGCAGGCGAGGUUCGCACUUGGCUUUCGCAGCUGAGAGCGGACUACCCCGCCUUAGAGUGGGACACUUCGUCCAACCUGUUCCCGUGGCUGGUCAGGCACGUGGCCUGGCUGCAAGCCCGGUUUGGGACCAAGUCGACGGACGGGGUGACACCAUAUCGGGCAGCCACUGGCACCGACUAUGGUGGAGCACUUUGCUCCUUUGGAGAAACUGUGCUGGCUAAGCUCCCGAGGCCCGGGAACAAAGCGCAGGUGCGCUGGGUCAAAGGGGUCUGGGCCGGCAAGCUGGAGCGCGACGACUCCCACGUGGUGCUAACCGAAGCGGGCGCACUCAACGUGAGGAGCGUCAGGCGACUCCCGCCGGAGACCCGACACCAGACGGCAGCUGUUCUUAAAGCGUGCGGCCUGCCUUGGAACCCUAGAUUUGGCCGCUCAGCGCCAGCAGAGCGCAGCGAGCCGAUGAUGGUUCCAAUCCCUCUGGCCACGCCGGCCGAAGAAACGGAGCGGCUAGAACCGCCCGGUGAGCCCUGGCUCUUCAGCGACGGGCCGCGGCCCGACGACGAGGCCCUCUUAGUCGAAGGGGCAGAGCAGGCCAGCAGGCUCCCGGACGCCAGCCCUACCGAGGAGCUGGCCAACGCAGAAAUACCGGACUACGAGCCGUCCGACGUGGAGGCAGGACCUUCCGCAGCAAGCGCGCUGCCGCAACAAGCGGCAAACCCCGCCCCAGCCGCCAACGACGGCUCAGGCGAAGGGGGGCAGAAGCGCGACUCUGCGGGUUCCUCCGCGAGCGCAGCGGCAGCACAGCAGCCGCCUGCAGCAAAGAGCCGGGUGGAGCCCAAGAAGGCACCGCGGCUAGGAGCGCUCACAGAGCGCGAGGUGUGGCAGCACAUCGCUGCCUUAGCCGACCCGCCGCUCACCAACCACAAGGGCGAGCGGGACGCGUGGGUUGGGCAGGUGACAGACCUGCUAGACCGAAUGCUCGACCCCAAGCAGGUCGAGCAGGCACGCAAGGAGCAGCUAAGAAAGCUGUGGGACCGAGGCGCUUUCACGCCUGUGCUGCGGUCUGAAGUACCGCGCGGGGCGCAGCUGUUCAGGGCAAAGUGGGUCGACAAGUGCGACAAAGGGCGGUACAAGUCAAGGUGUACCUGUGCCGACGUCAAGGCACGCUACAGCCCAGAACAGGAAGCUGGCUUGGACGUUUUCGUCCCAACGCCAACGCCCGAGAGUCACUCCCUACUUGAGGUAGCAGCGCUACACAACGAGGGGUGGGUCACAAGGUCUCUGGAUAUUGUGGCCGCCUUCCUCAUAGGGAAGGACCGCGGUGCGGCGGAAGGCCGCCCGGUCUACAUGCAUGCGCCUGUGGAGUGGCGCGAGCUCUUUGACCAAUGGGUCUUGGAGCAGCCUGCAAAGGACCAGCAGUGGUACCGAGACCACUUCCGGGACUUUGUGUUUCGGGUGGACGGCAACCUUUACGGCCGAAGAACGGCUGGUUCCGUCUACAGGGACGAGCUGGAAGAAGUCCUCACUGGCAAGCUGGCCAAGGACUACGACUUCCAGCGUGGCGUGAAGGACCCGUGCGUGUACCUAGACCGCCGGUCCGGCCUGAUCCUUCUCCACCAUAUCGACGACAUCCGUGUCGCAGGCCCCAAGGCCGCAGUGCUCAAGUUCACGGAGGUGGACCUCCCGACGCACUGUGAGAUAACGGUGGGAGAACUGGAAGAGCCGGGCACAGCGGUGGAGGUCCUGGGAAGGACCAAGGUGCGCACAGAGGACUCUAUCCUCACGCUGCCCGACAACAAGCACGCAGAGAAUGUGUGCGAGCAGCUGGGCAUCGGUCCAAAAGACAAGGGGACCGUGCCUAGCAAACCUCUAGACCUGACCAAGGUCGAGGAGCUCUCUGCGGGUGACGCCGCGAGGUUCCGCAGCGCCGUGGGUAGCGCUAUCUACCUAUCGGCGGACAGGCGAGACAUACAGUUCGCCGUGAAAGAGCUGGCGCGAAGAAUGCAGAACCCCAGGGUCUGCGACUGGCUCGCUGCGGAAACCCUCGCGCGAUACCUGCGGGCAACCCCGCGGUUUGGAAGGGUAGUUGUGCUGGACCCCGCGUCCAAGAGCACAGCCCUUCUGAACUUGGAGGUCUACUCCGACUCCGACUGGGCAGGGUGCCCAGAAACGAGAAGGAGCACAGACAACAUAGUUGCCUGUCUCGGGGGAGCAGUCAUCCAGACAAGCUGCCAGACACAGCCUGGCCUCCCAGCCACCUCCAGCGGAGACGCGGAGAUCCGGGGAGUGUCAAGAGCAGCAAGGGAGGCUGUCUUCCUACGAGAGCUUGCGGAGAAGGACUUUGCCCUAGCCUGCGGCGUGCCGCGGCUCUGGGCAGACUCCGCAGCUUCGAUCGGAGCCGCCAAGCGAAUAGGCCCAGGGUCCAAGUUGAGACACCUGGAAGUCGCGGAAUUCUUUGUCCAAGGCGCGCUCAGAGCCAAACUUCUCGAACUGAGAAAAGUUAAGGGAACCGAAAACCCGGCAAACUUCGCUACCAAGCACGCGAAGACUGGACCGGAGGUGCGGCAAUCCCUGCCCUCCAUGGGCAUGGUGGACCUCGAUGCGGUCGCAGGCGCCACCGAGGCUCUGGCCCAAAAGGGCACGAUCAAGACGAUCCAGACUAGCCCCUGGAAGAUGAGACCGCCGACCAAGCUUGCAAGCUCGGCGCUCAUGGCCACAAUCGUGGCGUUGCAGGUUCGACCUGCCAAGGCCCAAGGGCACGACUUCGCAGAGCUGGUGCUCGGCUUCGCGGCCCUAGGCUUCCUGGCCUUCCUGUGGAUGCUUUGGGGUUUGGUCUCCUGGCUCUGCAGGUGCAGACGUGACAGGCAGGAGCCGGAGCCCGAGGAUGAGAUCGAGCACCACGCCGAGCGUGCCGAAGAGCCGCCGCGUGCAGCCCAAAGGGCCACGGAGGUCUGGCUAGGGCCAGAAGCGCCGCAAGAGGCGCAAGAGGAAAGGAGGGAGCAACAGCCUAGGGGGGCUCAGGAGCCAGAACCUGAGGGUGAGCGGACUCCAGGUCCGCCCCCUGCGGCAGCUCCUCCACCACCGCCGCCCGCUGCACCUAGAGUGCGGCGCAGGCGUAGGGGACCGGAACCCCUUUCGGGGGACGACGAGCAUCUCUACGAGACAGCCCGCGGUGACAAGAUCCAUCUUUUCACCAACUGCAAUGGGCUGAGCUCCGUCCCGCCGGAUCAAAUCCUGAUCGGCUUUCGCUGCCAUUGCGCAGCAGAUCCUCAGAACUCCGAGUUCCUUUGGACCGGGUUCGCCUUUCAAGUGGCCACCGGCCGCGUUGUGCGCCGAUACCACGGCCAACAGCGAGGUUGCCCAUUCAUGGAAGGGGCAACAAUCAGACACAGGGUGUGUCUCCACUGCCGCAACGGGCACCAGAGCACCAAGCCCGGCAGUGCGGUGAACAACUCCCGCCAGUGGGGCGAGCCUUUCGGCUGCCAGCCCUGUGCGCGGGACGCUCCGCCCUACCAGGGGGAAGCCAAGUCGGCGGUCAACAAGCUUUGGUGUACCUUCGAGAACCAGUACCAAGGUCGCGAGGGAGGGAGCAGAGAUGCUGGUGGUUCUCACCUGGGCCUCCUCGUAGGUUGGCCUCGUUUCCUCACAUUUGUUCGGGUAUGCAAGCUCAAAGAGUUGGAGGAGGUGACAAAACACCUCGAUCUGCCCGAUGGUCAGAACGACAGGAUGCUGAAGGGCUUGUCUUACUUGUCUUACACUGCGCUGCCAGAGACCUUCCGGAGCUUGCUGAUCCUGGGGAAGUCAGGAUCUGGCAAGUCGACGAUGCUGCAACGAAUCUUGCAGGAGCGCUUUGGGUUGUCUGAUGUUGAGCAGUAUCCGACCAGUACCUGGCCCGAGGGGCAGGCGAUUAUCGACAGCUUCCCCGAUGCAGAAGCAGGACAAAAGUCCCUGGGUGCUGCCGGCCUAAGUGCAGUCCGGUCCCAUUUGAAGACCUUCGCCAGCCUCAGCCGAGGCGAGCAGUACCGAGCGGCGACAGCCAGACGUUUGUUGGAGCGCAAGACCUUCCCUACCAAGCCGUCAGUGUUCGACGAGUGGACGAGCGAGCUCGAUCCACAUCUGGGUAACAACAUCUCGAGGACAAUGGCGAAGUACAUCCGAAAGGAGCCCGCGACCUCAGCACCUUUCAUCUUUGCUACUUGCCGAGCCGAAGUUCUGGAGUUCCUGAACCCCGAGUACGUUCUGGUCAUGGAGAAGGGCCACGACCCAGUGCUGAUGCAGAACCAUCGACAUGGCAUGCUACCCAAUGCUACCUACAGUUCAGGCCAGCCUGGAGGGCACCAUCCAGCCCAAGGCACCAGAUGGACAGGAGAUGCUUGGACCCUGGUCCGCUGA